AUGCUGGCCGCAUUCUCCUCCUUGAUGGCUCCACCAGGUCAUAUGCUAGGACAAGGAGCUGAAGUACUGGCUGUCUCAGGAAGGUGCCUCUUGUGCCCCUGGCUCAGCAAAUGCCUUUCUCUAAACAAUAAGCGGAAAGGGAACUGGUGGAAACCAGGAAUGUCAAAAUAAACAUGGCCAGUCCAAGAGAACAGAAGGCUUGGGAUGGUGAGGCAAUACCCUAGUGAGAAAGUGGCUUCUUUGGAUUUGCAUUCUCGCUUCAAACAAAUAUAUAUUAGGGAUAGCACACAGCUCACUGAGGCAAAUCCCUGAGAGACAGGGCAUUUACAUGGUGUAACUUCAAUCCCUUCUUGAGACGCACAUUGUGGGUUUGGAGAUCUGGGCGAAAGGUACACUCGUAAACCCCAUCAUUACGGCUCUACGCUUCUUAUUCCCGUCUAGGAGAACUGCCAAGAAACCGCUGGUGGAACAGGGCCCCUUUGCACAGUAAGUGCCCUGUGGUUGGAAGGCUAUCUCGCUCUUUUUGGAGCAACAACUCGUAAGGACAAGAUGACAGAGCCAGGGGCUAAUUUCUUUCUCGUUUUUCUUAAAGGUGUUGAGACUCAAGCGGCAUCCACAUUUAAGGCAGUAUCAUCUGCUGAGAGGUGCCGAUGGGCUGCCAAGUGGUCCAGGAACUGAUGUUGCAGUCUUGCACCUGCUCCCUCCCCCCAGAGCACAUGGUGUGCAUGGUAAGUGGGACAGAUGUGAAUGGCCUCUCUAGCUGCCUGUUGUCUAAGCCUCUGCCUGUGCCACCACCAUAGCUCAGGACUGCUAUAACAAAAAAAAUGGGACACUCCUAAAUUCAGAUAAAGGGUUAGUAUGACGAGCAGAAUGCCGUAAGGAAAGUAGUAGGAAAUGACAACAGAAUAAAAGUCCAUAGGUAAAGGUAAAGGUACCCCCUGACUGUUAGGACCAGUCACGGAUGACUCUGUGGUUGCGCACUCAUCUCACUCUAUAGGCUGAGGGAGCCGGCGUUUGUCUGCAGACAGCUUCCAGGUCAUGUGGCCAGCAUGACUAAGCCGCUUCUGGCAAACCAGAACAGUGUAUGGAAACACCAUUUACCUUCCCGCUGGAGCAGUACCUAUUUAUCUACUUGCAUUUUGAUGUGCUUUCGAACUACUAGGUCGGCAGGAGCUGGGACUGAACAAUGGGAGCUCACCCCGUCGCGGGGAUUCGAACAGCCGACCUUCUGAUCGGCAAGCCCUAGGCUCUGUGGUUUACAGUCCCAUAUAUGGGGCAAUUCAGUGCCGGAUUUACGUAUAAGCCAAACAAGCUAUAGCUUAGGGUCCCACUCUCUUGGGGGGCCCCAAAAAAAUUGAAGAAAAAAAACCUGGAUGUACAUUUCCAAAAUAUAAGAUAAAAAACAAAUAAAAUAAAACCUACAUACAGCAACAGUGUUUUGUGUUGUGUAGGCUCCUAUGAUGUAAGUAAUGGGCCCCGCCUGCUAGCCUACUCCCUAAAAUAUCACUGGUUUGCUCAUUUCUUAAUUGUAUUUCACUAUUAAUAUACUUCUUCUUAAUUGUAUUUCAGUUCAACAAUUACUUUGAUAAAAUACAUAUUUUGUUAUGUGCAAAUGGCUUUAGAUACCUAUUAGGUCCAUAAAUUACCAUAUAGCAUAUAUUCAACACAAAAACAGCAACAAUUUGUUGUUGACAAAGGACACCUGGACAUUUAAAUGGCCCCAUUACCUUCAGUAGCUUAGGGCCUUGUCAAACCUAAAUCCGGCCCGGGGCAAUUGCAGAUUGCAGGAAUGUCUUUGACCUGCUGGGCUUGUGGGUCAGAGCAGUUGCUGCCCUGAGUCCUUUUCCAACGCUCUGACUAGCCACAUGACUCAUUAGUUAGUGGUAAUGCAAGUCUUGUGUUCUAACUACUGAUUACCUUUUUCCAACAGCUGUGGGUCAUAGUACUGUUUUAUGUACCGCAGAUGUCUGUAAAAGGCAGCAUCCUGACCGUACCAUGGGAUGGAAUUGGUUUCUCUGGGGGCUUACUAAGAAUGUGAUUUCUAUGAAAACAAAACCACGUGAUUUAUGGCUAUUAGUCUCAUUUCCUCUCUUUGACUUAACUUUGCCAGCUCUUUGGAGGGCUGCUAUCCUGACCCAGGGGAUUUCUCUGCCUGCUCAUCAAGAGCCACGACACGCCCUUCAGCCUGCUCCUGCAAAGAAUGAAAACUACCGCUGCUGCUCUGUGGGUAUCAAAUGCUCUCUAGGGAUAGGCACAAUGGGCAUGAAUGUACCCUGAAGGCUUUCUUGGUAACAUUACAAGCCUCUAGCACAGUAAUUGUGUGCUUUCUCUUGCUUACAGAGAGAUUUUGCUUAUAAAUCUUGCCUGGUCUUGCCCAGGAAUCGUGACCUAAACCCACUUACUUAGCUAAUAGAACCUAUUCCCAAAGAUGCUUGUUUACAGAUGUGCCUCCAGGAGGUGAAUUAAAAACAGACAAACCCAAAUGUACCGCAAACUUUGAUUGUAGGUCUUUUCUUUCUUUCCAAUGAGAAAAUACAGGAAUGUAUUCGAUGUAAACUUUAAAUUGAUUGACAGCCCAGUCUGUGGAGUCACUUCAACAGCUGUGGUGCAACGUGGGGUUGAAAUGGCAUCCUGUUCAAUGCAAAGGAGAAAGGGCCCAAAGCUUUGUUUCACUUGCCUCACAUUCCUUAAAAAUCCCUUUUUCCUGUUAGAACUAUAAACUGCACUGACCCCAGAGUUCACUGGGGUACUCCAACAGCCCUUCAGCCCCAUGUAAGGAUUAUCAAACAUCAGCUGCAUAUGCGCAUGUAGGAAUGGGGGAGAAAUUCUAUCCAACCCACAUUUAAACUCAAAUCUACCUCACUUUCUGAAACAGUACAUGAACAGAAAUACAGACAUCCUUCAAAAUUCACGCAUCUCUGAAUUUUUAAUGCAGUUCUUCAGCCAAAUCAUGUGUAAAAAUUGCAUAUACAAAGGGAAAGCAGGCACAAAAAUCAUAUUUCUUUUUUAAAAAGAGCAAUAAAAAUGCAUUAUAUUAUAAAACAUGUGUGUUACAAAAAUGUGUUUAUCAGGUGGAAUGGCAUACAAUAAUGUGCAUGUGUGGAGAAAUUUGCACUAAGAUGCUAAUGAAAUUUCAUGAGCACUUUAAACAAAAAAAACAAAAACAAAACAAAACACAAAAACACACACCCCACAAACUAAUGUAGAAAUGUGAACAACUGAAUUCCAGACCAACAAAACCAAAAUUGACAAGUUACCCAUGUUACUUAAAACUGUUUCUUAGAAAGAAAAUAGAAUACAAAAGAUACAAGUUGAUACAUGCUUGGCUGUGUACAAAGGUUUCCCUAUGAACAGCUGCUUUUAAAAACAUUUUUAGGCAAAACUAUCGUUUAAACUUGGGGUUUGUAACGUGGCACCUGCAGACACCAUGGCACAUUCAGACAACCCCCCAUGGUACCUGCCAAGACCCCAUGUCCAUUUUUUUUACAACGAAUUUGAAGGGGGUGGCUGUUUAAUUGCAGCUGUAUGCCUGUUUUAUUUUUGUUUGUGUUUUAUUUGUCUUGGAGGGGGUGUCAGUUUUUUGCCUGUUGUUUGGUGGGGGGCAGAAGAGACUUCUGAGCAUUGUCUGUUUUCCUUCUGUGAAAUGGCAGCCAUUAUAGCUUCUAAGACUUCAAGAUGUGCCCCUGCCCCACCAAAAAAAAAGGUUGGGGGUCCCCUGCUUUUGAAACAAUUUCCAUCCAGGUAGUAUUGGCCAUCAACAAAACAAACAGACAAUAUUUACCAUUUUUGCAGAGCUGUUCUCAGUUCUUUCAGGCACACAGUUGACAUACAGAUAGCCAUCUUCCCUAUUCUUCCUCGCUGCUAGCAAACUCAGGUUGGCAUUUCCUUCACCUUUGCCAGAUCCCACCAAGAAUCUCAUUGCUUAGUCAAUUCGGAGCUUCCCUUUGCUAACAUUGGUAAGGUUAUGCUUCAGAGGAUCAAAUCUGACUUCCAGAAAGAACAAACUUCAGUACUUGAAGUAUUGUCAUUAACAUUUGCUCCCUGUACCACCUGAAUAUUCACGUUUCAGAGGGCUGUUUAUCCCCUGCAAAGGUAUGGGGAUAUUUGGUGACUUUGGCAUGGUGGGUUGGCAAAUUUUGAAAAUUUUGUCUUAUCUUUCAAUUUUAUUUAAAAGUUCUGUUUGAUUAAAUUUACACCCUGCAGCCUCCUCCAAAGGAGCCCAGGGUUGUACUACAAUGUGGAUAUGUUGGGUUUCUCUUCUUUUCGCUCCCUCCUUCUUCAAAAGCCUUGCCACUGUUUUAAGUGGCAUCUUGGCUGUUCUCAUCACCCCAGGCACAUUUUCAGCACCCCUCUCCCCUGGUAUCUCAUCAUCCCACUUUUUUUUUUUUUAAUAGAAAGUGGGCAUCUCAAUUCCUGCUCUCCUCAGAAAGUCAGAAUGAACCCUGCACACACCUUAAAAAUCCAUCCAAGAAGUCUUUUCUUUUUGACAUCGUGCAUCUCCAGGCAUCUGGGAGAGUAAAACUGGGGCUUUCCAGAGCACACAGACUGAUUUCUUUUCCUCCCCCACUCUACCAAGUAAUAUAUGCCCUCUCCCUUCUGUUUUGGAGGAUGUAUAUGUUUUGAUGUCUACUUUUGCCAUGUGAUCCCCCUGGCCUACAUCAUUAGCAGUUAUCCAGCAACCAGCAUGAGUCCGGUUUCCUUCCCGCCUCCUUUUAGCUUUAAAAAAUCGAGUACACCAUGUGCUGCCUUACCCCUGUAUAUCCCAGGUUAAGUGAGGGGUUUGGGAUCACGAUUUGAGUGAGCAAGUGUCUGCCGGAUCUGUCUCCAGGGUGGGAGAGCACCAUUUGCAAUCCUGAAGUGGGGGCUCUCUUGAGAUUAGGAGGAGCGAUUAACUCUCCACCCACAGCUUCUCCAACUCAAAUUCCCUCCUCCCAAUGGAUUAGAAACAUCUCCAGAAAGUCCCUUUGCAGGCAAUGCAAAGGCACUCCUCCCUCUGCUUGUAACUUCAAAAGCAGUCGUGAAUUUUCUCGUAGCCAAAGCAAGCUAGAAUGAAAGAGCUAAAACAAAACAAAAACAACAACAACAACAACUACCAGGAACAGCCACUACUGGGCUGGGCUGGGCUGGGCUGAGCUUCAAAUGAACAGGAAGCGAACUGGGAGGAUAUAAUGAAUUAAAUCUCUACCUGUGACAUGGGUGGGGGAACUUUUACAACCCGACGGCCACAUUCUGUUCUGGGCAGCCAUCUAACGGCCACAUGCCAGUGGUGGACAGAACAACAAAGGUAAAAUUUUACCUUUGUACGGUAGGCUGCUUUCUACACACACCUCUCUCUACCCUCUGUCUAGGGUACUGUUAAGGGGUCCAGCCUGGGGAAAGCAUUCAGGAAGGGUACCAGGCAGAGAGGCUUAGAGGGCCACAUUUGGUGCCCAACCUCUGCUAUAGCAGAACACUCCAAUGGCACCCUUCCUACAAGCCAUUCUGAGGGAGGGUGGGGAGAUGGCUGCCUGCACUGGCCGUAAUGGGACAUUGUUUCCAUGGAAUUUUCUUUCCCAGACACAGGUCUGGGCUGCAAACCAUGGACUGAAACAAUGGCACCUAAUGGCUUGUUUUUGUUGUUAAAAAUAAAACACCCAGAGAGAAUCCCUCGGGCACCAUAUUUAAAGGUAAGACAAGUGUUAAGUUGUGGGUGAACAUAUCAGACGACCCAGCAAUUCUUCAAACAGCUCUUGUUUAUUCACAGGCCAGGACAGAACUGAACUGAAGGGCUCAGUCAGCCUGCUUAUAUAGAGCUCCAGUAUAGCGUAACUGUAACAACUUUCUAAAACUAUCCAAUCACUGAACGUCACUUUUGAUCCCUUAUUUGCAUAACUAUCUACAGUAUCCCUCUGCUGGCCCAGGGUGAGAACUUCAAUACAUAACAACAAGCAUUCUCAACACUCACCCUGUCCCAAACAAGAAGAUUAAUCAAAUAUCUGGAAGUUUUUUUCCUCCAUGCUUCCUGAAAUUUACAAAUUUCAGGGGUCUGAACACUCAUCCCCCCCCCCCCACUUUCUGGACACGGCCCAGGAGGAAGGAGCGGAACCACUGGAUAACAGUGCUCCCAGCUCCUCUAGACGGUCCAGAAGUAGUCGAUGGUAUCAAAGGCCGCUGAGAGAUCCAGCAGAAUUAGGAAAUGCAAAAGGCAUUCUAGAGAAAGGAAUCAGAAGAGUGUGAAGCAAUAGCAGCUUGAGGCCUGUACUUUGCUUUCCAGAGGGCACCAAAGGUAAUUUUAUAAAAUUUAAAUAUACAGAGGAGCCCAUGCAGGAAGAGUAGGAGAUGUCCAGGUACGUCAUUGGAAACCACAGCCAUAAAUCAACUACCUUGGAGCUCUUCUGAGAUUGAUUGAUUAGAAAAGGAUGUCUCAAAGGACACACAUUGAAAAUUGAGCAAUGGACUAUUUCCAGAGAAAAGGGGUUCUCUUUGUAUUGCACUUCCUCAGUUGCAGAAUUACAUUAAUGCAUUUGCCAGGAGACAGGUUCCUUCUUCCUUCUGUGAAAUAAUGACACUGGCAUUAAAUUGAUGGAUUAUUGUUACACAGGUACUCCAUGUUCUGGGAUAAUUAGAUCCACUCAACAAGGUGACUUUCUGUUUCUAAAGAUACGUCACCUGCUCUCAAAGCCCAGGCAUACUGUUUGGGAAUCACUAAGACUGAGCUCCAUCUGGUACGUAGGCUGAGACCCUACCUGCCCGUGGACUGUCUCGCCAGAGUGGUGAAUGCUCUAGUUAUCUCUCACUUGGAUUACUGCAAUGUGCUCUAUGUGGGGCUACCUUUGAAGGUGAUCUGGAAACUACAACUAAUCCAGAAUGCGGCAGCUAGACUGGUGACUGGGUGCGGCCACCGAGACCACAUAACACCGGUCUUGAAAGACCUACAUUGGCUCCCAGUAUGUUUCCGAGCACAAUUCAAAGUGUUGGUGCUGACCUUUAAAGCCCUAAACGGCCUCAGUCCAGUAUAUCUGAAGGAGUGUCUCCACCCCCACUGUUCAGCCCGGACACUGAGGUCCAGCGCCGAGGGCCUUCUGGUGGUUCCCUCGCUGCGAGAAGCCAAGUUACAGGGAACCAGGCAGAGGGCCUUCUCGGUAGUGGCACCUGCUCUGUGGAAUGCCCUCCCACCAGAUGUCAAAGAGAAAAACAACUACCAGACUUUUAGAAGACAUCUGAAGGCGGCCCUGUUUAGGGAAGCUUUUAAUUUUUAACAGAGUAUUGUAUUUUAAUAUUUUGUUGGAAGCCACCCAGAGUGGCUGAGGAAACCCAGCCAGAUGAGUGGGGUAGAAAUAAUAAAUUAUUAUUAUUAUUAUUAUUAUUAUUAUUAUUAUUAGCAAGCUACAAUCCUUGUGCAAAUGCAAUGUUCAUAAUAGUGUGACACUGAAUUCCACCCACUGUCCCUUUUCCACCCCAGAACUUUAUGGUGCAACAUUCUCUCCCUAGCUAUAGCCACAUCUAUUUUGUUAACAAAUGACUGACAUGGAGUCACAGGCAUCCAUUUAGAGGGAACAAGUGGCAGAGGAAGCGACCACAAAUCGCCUGCAAUAAGGCACAGUUCUGAUAACAAUUUUGGCACCUCAGAGUCAGGGCUUAUUAUACAUGCAAACAUUGUCUAGAUUUGUAGAGUAGAUAGACUAAUGAGCUUUUGUGACUUCAUAGCUUAAGACAGACAGUUCUUACAUUCCAUUAAUGUGUAUUCAUUGGUCCAUGUCAUAUUAGGAUAUGGUCCAGAUUUAAGUGUCCUCCAGCCACAUGUGUUCUACAGGUCCCAUCAGAAGUCACUUGCAGUGAGAGCUCUUAGUCAGAGUUCCCAAGACAGACAAGUUCGUCAUUUCAGUAUUUUUCUACAUUUGUGAAUCUGAACACAUCUCUCUCUCCCCCCCCCUCCUUCCCUUUUCUUGCCAUCACAUCAUCAACUCAGCUGAUCAUGAGUGGGAAAGGUUGAUAGCAACUGAACCUGCAUCCUCCCUGGUAACCAUCACCAGAAUACCCACAAAGUCCUCUCACACUGGAAAAGAAGACCACAGCAAACAACCCUUUUCCCUCUUAGCAUGGUUGUAACAGACACGUUGCCACUUUAAAUGAGAACACACCUAACAACCAAUCACAGGGGUGUAGGCAGUGGGUGCCUGGUCACUGGCAGUGGUUUUGAGAACCGGAUGAAUGUUGUGCAGUGUGUGUGUGACUGGAAGGAGUGGGCUGCAGGGCGUGGGAGACUCAGAAAUCGCACAACUGUUGCCAAGGCAGAGCUGAGAAUCUUUUUGACCUUUACAGUACAUGCCCUCUUGACCUCAAUACUAUGAUUGUGUUGAUCACUGGUGCUGAGCUCUGUGUGCCACUAUUUCUUUAUUAAGAUUUAUACCCUACUCUUCAAGAACACAGCAUCAUAGAAUUGUAGAGCUGAAAGGGACCACCAGGGUCAUCUUGUCCAACCCCCUGCAAUACAGGAUUUUUUUUGCCCAGUGUGGGGUUCAAACCCAUGACCCUGAGAUUAAGAAUUUAAUGUUCUACUAGCUGAGAUAAUCAGGGCAGCUUAAUGUUUUUGGUUUUUUUUAAAAAAAACACUAUAAAAGAAUACAUAAAAGAAGCUGAAAUCGUAAGAUCUAUAAAAUUAUCAUAAAAUUAAUAUAGUACAGUGGUACCUCGGGUUAAGAACUUAAUUCGUUCUGGAGGUCCGUUCUUAACCUGAAACUGUUCUUAACCUGAGGUACCACUUUAGCUAAUGGGGCCUCCUGCUGCCGCCACGCGAUUUCUGUUCUCAUCCUGAAGCAAAGUUCUUAACCUGAGGUACAAUUUCUGAGUUAGCGAAGUCUGUAACCUGAAGCGUCUGUAACCCGAGGUACCACUGUACAAGACAUUGUCAAAGUUUGAAUGCUGAUGGGGGGAAGUUUCUGCUCUUUCAGAUUGUGUGCCAAAUUAUUUUCUUAUCAUCAUCAUCAUCUCCUCACCCUUCCUCCCAAAGGAGACCAGGGGUGGCAUACACAGCAUUGAUAAAGCAUUUCAAACCCCACUGUCCAGCCUUUUUACCCCCUUUCAUGUUUCACUUCACUUUCCUUUUUCAACUGUGAGCCUAGGGGCAGGCAAUUGUCCUUUAAAAUGCAUGGUGGAAGGCCUGGUAAUUUUCCAAAGCCUUAUAAAUUAAAUGGAAUGGCAAUUAUGAGAAUACAGUAGUACCUCUAGUUAAUGGGGCCUCUUGCUACUGCUGCGCCGCCGGCACACGAUUUCCGUUCUCAUCCUGGGGCAAAGUUCUCAACUCAAGGUAACUCUUUCAGGUUAGCGGAGUUUGUAACCUGAAGCGUUUGUAACCUGAGGCGUUUGUAACCCGAGGUACCACUGUAACCAAGAAGAUGAAAACCCCUAUGAACAGCUUAUGGAUCUAGGAACAUAGGAAGCUGCCUUAUACCGAGGGCAGACCAUUGUUCAAUAGAGCUCAGUACUGUUAGCACAGAGUGGCAGCAGAUUUCACACAGGGUUCUCUCCUGGCACUACCUAGAGAUGCCAGGGAUCUUCUGCAUCUGAGAUCUUCUGCAUGGAAAGCAGGUGCUCUACCACUAAGACGUGGCCCUUUCUGAGAAUCUUGGAAUAUUACUUAAAGCUUCUGAGUUCAGCAGUACUGGCCCUUUAAGAGUGCAGAAAGGAGAGGGCUGCAUUGAGCUUUUGUAGAUCAAUUUGGAGUGUUCAGGCAGCAGAGUAAUUUGAAUGAUUGAAUCCAGGCGCUCAAAGUGGGAGGGUGGGAAGAAGCAUAAGAAUUCUAUGUAAAUUCCAACACCUGCCCCAUAUGCUAUCUUUCAGGGCCCACACCUUUCAGUGCCUCUUCAAUUGUUGUGGUUAUGAUUUGCGGGCGGGGCGGGGGGAGUCCAAAUCUUUAAAUGUGCUGGAUGGUUUAAAAAAUAUUAAACUUAAAUUACUGUUUAAAAAGGAAAGUAAAUAAAAAGCAUGCAAAGCUUUCUGAUUCAAAGGAGAGUUAUUUAGAUUGACAACAUGAUAACACUUGCAACAUACAAACGGAUUGCCUAUAGAUGCAGACUUCAGACAAACAUAUUCAUCUCUGGAACGAGUUUAUACAAAAUGUAGUAGGUUAUUAGCAACCAUAUCUAUAUGAGGAUAAUAGUAUCACAUAUCUAUACAAUAAUCCAUAGAAAGGAAAUUGAUUUUAUUUACUGUAUUACACUGUACUUUUCACGUGGUUUUACUUUUUUCUUCUCUUCUCUUUUUCACAUUUCCUUUUCCUUUAAAUUUUUCUUUUAUCACAUUAUUCCUUCAUAAAAGAAAACUUUUCAAUAAAAUAACAAUAAAAAAUAAAAGACCUGUAAAGAUUUUUUUGAUGGAAAUGAGAGUUAUUUAGAUCACCAUUGUUACGACAUGAUAUGAAAACUCUGCUUUGAUUUUAAAAGCUGCAGAUAUCCCUGCUGUGACUUCACACACACACACACACACACACACACACACACACACACCAUCUUUCCUUGUUCUAUGUUCAGGCUGCAGAGCUACAAGUUCAUAGGGGUUGAUACAGAAGACAUUAACAAUGCAAUCUUAACCAAUUUCCCUCAGAAGUAAGUUCCAUUGAAAUUGAUGGGGCCAGGAGAGAUGCGUGGCUCAGGCGUGCCGCAGGGCCUGUGGUGAGUGCAAUCUGGCAUUUUGUUACCUUCCUCAGUGGUGACACACGGGGUGGCCUACAUCCACCACACACCCCUUCCUCUGCCCCUGGAUGGAUUUUACUCCCAGGUAAGUAGAGGAGGACUGCAGUCUAAGGGCGUACCAUUUAAGUCACACCAUUUUUCUCUUCCCUGACUUUAUACUGUAGGUGACAAUGGUGUACUAGAAACCAGCAACUUAAAUGCUGUUUCAGUGGUCAUUUUGCCUCUCUACCCAUGUUCAGGUGGACUGGCAACUUUUUUUAAAGUGCUAUAUUCAUUUAUCUAUUUUUGCAAAACUUUGUUUUUAAAAGCAUGAUCAUUUGUUAAAAAUUAUUGUGAAAGCACUUCAAAGAUUACUGGGAGGUGGGUUCAUCACAGCCACAAACCAGUCAGACAACUAGCUUUUGCAGCAAAUUGGUUCAAAGGGAUCUUUCCCCCUGAGUUCAACUCCAUUUUAUUAAAGCAGAAUUCAAUCAGUCAAAUAACAUUACCUACAGGACUGCAAUCCUAUACCUCAGAAUAAGCCCCAUUGAAUUCAGUUGGGCUACUUUUUUCUUUCUUUCCCUUUGUAAAUAUGUAUUCUUAUUUUGUCUUUCCAAAAUAUAGUGGGACUUCCUUCUGAGUAAACACAUUGGAUUGCACUAAGUUUCUUUUUGUUAUCACAGCAAAUAGAUUUUGAGCCAAAUUGGAAUUUCAUGUUUAUUUAUUAUCAUUUAAAUAUUACACUGCUUGAUUGUAUUUAGCCUCAAAGUGGGUUGCAAAAGAUAAAACAGUAAAAUCCAGAAAAAAGAUUACAACUCUACCAUAAACCCUUAUAUCCACGCUUCCACAUUCUGGGAAAAUCCAAAAGCGUAUUAUGAUGAAGUUUUAAACAUCACAUUCAUUUAACAUGCAAACAUGUUAGUGUCAUAACAGCAGUAAUAAUUAUCAGUGUAGUUUCCCCUUCAUUCUGCAUGCAUUUUAUUUUCUCUAGCAGCCUAAGCUCAAAUUUUGUUGGGCCUUGAAACAGUGGUUCUUCCAUGAGAUUCCUCAUUGUCUCCCUAUAUUCUGUAAAAUUUUCACACGUAUGGAAACACGAAACGCAGAACAACCCCCACCCACACACCAUCAUGCAUGCAUUCCAUUCACUCUUGUAAGCAGCACAUUCAUUGCAAAAGCACACUCAUGCACCACACCAGAAUCUCCAAGACUCAAACCGGAUUUUGUGUAGGAGUUUUGCCAAUGUCAAAAAUGAAAAGAAAAAUUGUGACAACCCUAUUAUAGUGCAUAAGUGUUGUGGUGUCGUCAGCAUUAAAACGGAGAAGCCAGAUUUCAUCUCAUCUUGCCAUCACUGCUCUUCAUUAGCGGGCCUUAUUUGCUUCUGCUUUAUAGAAAAGGAUGCUGUAAGGAACUGACAAUUGUCUAUUUGGCUACAAGGAAAGUACGUGUAGGGUAAAUGUAAAGGACCCCAGGACGGUUAAGUCCAGUCAAAGGCGACUAUAGGGUUGCAGCGCUCAUCUUGCUUUCAGGCCGAGGGAGCCGGCGUUUGUCCACAGACAGCUUUCCAGGUCAUGUGGCCAGCAUGACUAAACUGCUUCUGGUGCAACGGAACACUGUGACGGAAACCAGAGAGCAUGGAAACACCAUUUGCCUUCCCACCACAGUGUUACCUACUGAUCUACAUGCACUGGCAUGCUUUUGAGCUGCUAGGUUGGCAGGAACUGGGACAGAGGAACAGGAGCUCACCCCAUUGCAUGGAUUCGAACCACUGACCUUCUGAUCAGCAAACCCAAGACGCUCAGUGGUUUAGACCACAGCGCCACCCACAUCCUGAAAGUAUGUAGAAGUACAAGGUAAAUAUAGAGGCAUAAGAUGAUCUCAGCUGGUGAGAAGUGGACCACAAGAAGCUUACUUAUCAUUUUGAUUUUGGCAAAUGUAGUUGAAAUUGACAUUGCUACAAAAGAUUCAUAAUACACCUCCAUCUCAUUCUUCCAAUAUUUACUAUACAGGAAAUGAUUGGGUGUAGAAUAGACAGGUGCAACAGGUGGAGGAGGUUAGUGAUAUAUCGACCUGCACAUUGGACCUCCAUCAAAUUAGCUGAUGUUUAGCUACUCUUUGUAAACGUAUUAAUAUGACUGCUGUUUUCUAAAUCUGUUGUUCAAGACAACUUUUGUUCCAUUUUGUUUUAAACAGAUAUGAAAUCUCUUAUUUAUGCAUAAUAAAUACAGACCCUAAAUAACCACCCUACACCCUGUGGGAAUCUUCUGCACAGUGAAUCUCUUGAACACAUAGAGAAUUUCACUAUAAAUGGAUGCAGCAUAUCUGCUGGAAAUUCCCAGUAUUGUUUCCUUCCUGCAGCUGGAAUUUUAAUAUGGGGACCAGCCACCACAUGUCAUUGUUUCCACAACACUAACCAAAUGGCAGGUGCCCAUCUUGACCCAUUUCCUGACUUUUGGUUUUGAAGUGCUUGCAUUUCAUAGCAUGUGACAUAUGACCGCCCUGCAGUUUCUCAGCUGGAAAUAGAACCCCGUUUUAAUGUUUAACAGCACAAGCUGCCCUCUUUGUCUCCAUUCUGCCUUCAAGGGCUAUAGAAGUGCCUGUAGUGUUUCUGGUUUAGAAGAUGGGCAAGGGCAGCUUGGAUGGCACAGCAGCUGGUAGUUGGUGGCAGAGGAGCUCAGGAACAUGGGGCGGGCCCCAAAUGACACUCCCCAAAUGAACACCUGUGCUUUUUAAAAAUGACAAAAGUGAUGUGUGUGAGAGAGAGAUGAUUGUGUUAUGCCAGAGAUAAAAUAACAAUUAACACUGGCAUGCAAAAACCCCCAAAAAUAUCAGAAAAGACAAAACCAUUACUCAAAGACAUGUGCAUUUAAUCCAGCAUGGCCCAAGGUGUUACUUUGCCAAGACUUGCUAUUAACCCUUCUCUGUGCGCUAGGCCACUAUUAUCCUCAUUUUACAGGUGAGGUUGCAGGAGCGAGGCCUUAACUAAACGGUGAUCGGACUGCAGCCUCCGGCUCAACCUGGGAGCAAGCCCCAUUGAACUCAAUGGGAUUUACUUCGGAGCGGACAUGCCUUGGAUUGCGUGGGGAAAGUCUCUAGUGCAGCAAUUCGGGAUACGCGGAUGGGGCUUGGCAACUUGUUGUUGCCACGAGAGAGAUGUCGUCUUUGCCAGACUCGGGACGUCUGAGUUAGGGAUAGGAAGGAAAUUCCCAGGUGAAAACACACCCACCCGGGCAUCGCGAUGCGGAGGAGGCCCGUCGUCUGAAGAGGCGAGACGGGUCCAGCAGAGGCUUCUUUAAGCGCUUCCUAGUUCUGCAGCUUCUCAGUGACAAAUCUGGGGAGGGGACUACAGCGCAAGGGGGAAAAAGAGGCUGCUUCUUCUUUUUUUUUACAAAGUGGGGGAGGGCCCGUCGAGAGGAGGGAGCGUGGCGCCGAUCCAAGGUGAUUUCCCGUAAACCACAUGUUCCGGAGGGAGCCCUUUAUAAGGCCGACGAGUCAGGCAGGCGGCACUGAGCGGACGGAGGCAGCAUUUCCUGGGCUUCGCGCGAACUGAAAGCACACAGUCCCAGCCCCCUUCGCCGGCCGCUGCUGCAAACGGGAUUAGCCUGCAAGAGGGAAAGAAGGCGCGCCCGCCGACGCUGCUUUCUCGCCAACCCGGAUCUUAAGGCGGCGGAUUGGGGCGUUUUCGGAGCGGGCUGCGUGCAGGGCCAAGGUAAGGAGGGAGCCAGGCACCCCGUUCGCGGAAAAGCGGAGCCCGUCCGGAGGGGACUGCCUGUGUCUCUUCUCUCUCCCCUCCCACAAAAAUAUAUUCGAGUUUAUAAGACUAGCAAGAUAGGCAGCAGCCGAAGUAAGAGGGUCUGGAGUUGCCAAGGGCGCAGAUCUCCCCCCCCCCCAAUUGCGUUUGGGAGACGGGGGUGGCGGGCGUGCUUCCUCGCGAGUAAGUCCGUGGCUGCCCUUUCAGCCGCGCAGCCUGCUCCUCCGAGAUGUGUGGCAUGUUUACGCGGCGCUUUACUCCGUAGCAAACACGAGGAGGGCCGCAGGGCUUGGCGCAAACUUUGCAGCCAGGUAUUCUGCUUUGGCUGCUAACGCGCAAAGCGCUACUGCUGAUCCGUGUGUGUGAGAAACUUUUCCCAUCCAAGUGUCCCGGUUUGUGCAUAGGGCAUAGGAGCCAAUUUCUCGGGGUCGAGGGGUCCCCCCGCCCCCACCACAAGUUGAUGGGCAUUGCCAUUCAAAUUGUAUGGGUGAGCCCCGUCAUGUGAUCGAUCAUGCAGGGUGGAGCUUACCUGCCCCCCCCCAUUCAAGUUGGCACCCUUGGCAUUGCUUUGCGCCCACCCGCUGCCUGGAUCCAAGUACUGAGGCUUCCCUUUCCCUGCGUUAUGCGCCGCUUGCUCUCCGCCUCCCCACCUCCCUUUCACGCCCUCCUGUCAUUCUGCGCUGCCGACGCUGCAAGCUGGUUAUAAAUCUCAGGCUUCGGAGGCGGGCGAGGUGGAGGUCUGACCCUGCCGCGCAACUCGGGCGCGUGUUCUCUCGGAAGUAAGGCCCGCGGCGUUUUGGAUGCUUUAGUUGAGAUUCCUGCGUUGCGGGGGGUUGGCCUAGAUGACCCCAGGGUCCCUUCCAGCUCCACGAUGCUAUGGUUCUACUCCCCGAGCAAGCACAGGGCUAAAUAGCCUUGAGUAGUUACAGUGCAAUCCUACCCAUGCCUACUCGGAAGUAAGCCGCAGUGGAUUCAAUGGAGCUUACUAUCCGGUAAGUGCGGUUGGGAUUGCAGCCUCAGUUGCCUCUGGCAUGAUAUUUCAACUUGCCGCACUGUCAAUACUUCAGGUUGUUGUAUCAGUGCCAUCUGCCACGAGACAUUAACAGUGCAAAUAUUGGCUGGAGUGGAGCUGCCCACAUGAUCCUUGUGGAUUACUGUCCUCCGGUAACAAGUGUGCUGGCUUUGCAGCUCCGCCUUUCUAUGCUCUAGCUGCAGAAGAAGCUUUAUGAUGCUCAUAUGAGGGUGCUCACUCAGAGGAGGUCUGGGUGUGAAGCUGGGCUCGGCCUCCUGCAACACAGAAACACCAGGGGUGCCCUCUAAGCAUACGCAGAUUGUUAUCCCUUGCUGCAGAUUAAUAGCUGUGCAUCUCCACUUCUUUGGAGUGAGAGGAUGGGGCAUCCGGCUCAGAGGGUGGGACUCCUAGGAAGACUUGGCUUCCAGUAUCUCCCAAUGCAAUUAAAUGCUCCCUCUUGGCUUUUAGGCUGAACAAGCAGGGACAGCCCUAGCGCUGGGCAGAGUGAGGCGACUGGCAGCAGAUGCUGAGUUGCACUGAAGUGUUUGAGGGCAGAGCUGUGUGUGUCAUACACGCAGCCUCCUCUGUGCCCUUGGAUGCAAUUGAGGUUAAGAUCCUGUUCCUAGUGAUGAAGAAGGUUCAGCUGUCAUUCUGGUCAGCAUCUGUAUGCAGAGUGCAUGUGUGAGUUUGGGGAGCAGAAUAUUGUCCUCCUUCCCUGAUAGCAACAUGUCUUGAUUCUGAGCUAGAUGAGGAUUACAGUCUUUCGUUUUACACUGAAAUACUGGGCAAAGUCCUAAUGUGCUCUGCAUGCACUCACCUGCUGAAGGGAUAGAAACUUUAAUCUCCAGAGCUUUCUGUGACUGGGCAAGGUUAAAGAAACAAAGCAUGACUCCGAAGCCUCUUCCAAACCUUAUGUGUGAUGUUUUUAUUAUUCCCUCCUCCCCUCCUUUUAUGUUUCCUGUUUUCUGUGCCCAGUGACUGGACCGGCAGCUAGGUGCAUUUGAGGGACUUUCCCAGGACUCAGUGUAAUGCUUUCUUGCUAAUGGAUGUCAUGGCAUAGAAUGAGGCUCAUGUGAGCUUGGGAGCAAAGUGUCUUUUUUAAACUGCGGAAUGGAAGAUGCCAAGGAAAACGGUGGGUGGACAUGCAAGGACAUGUCAAGGGGAGACUCUGCGCUUGAGUAGGAAGGAAGGAGGAAUGAAAUGCCUGGGCCAGCAUUUCCUACCCCUGUGCCUUCCAGUUGGCUGGGGCUGAUGGGAGCUGCAUUCCAAAACAUCUGUAGUCCAAUACAUCUGGAGGACAUUGAGUUGGGGAAGGCUGGCCUGGGCUAGGUGGAAGAAGAGCAUGAGAGCAGACUAGGCAGAAGGUGGGUUUAGUGUCUCGCUAGGGUGGCACCAGAGGCUUCACAGCUGUUGCUGGAACACAAAAUACAAUUGCUUGAGAAGAGACAGGGAGGCAGAUGUAGGGGGGGGAAACCCCAUCUGCUAGUCUCUUAUAUCACACACACCCUGACUGUGUGUGUGUGUUGCACCCAAAUUAGGCUGGACAACUGGUUUUGUUCUGUGCUGGAUACAAUCCACAGUAUUAAAAGUUCUACUUGGAGUACACCUGUUUAAUGGACCUUUGUUAGUCAUGUCCAUUAAUUUUUGUGGGUUUGUAGUUCUGCAUAGAACAAACAAUGGUUGCAACCCUUUUUGGUUAUGGAGAUCUUGUUUUUCCCCUGGAAGUUAUUUGCGAGUAACUCUCCUUGCAACAGAACCACAAGGAAGCUGGAGAGGGUUACAAACUAGCCCCUCCUGCCUGCCAUAGGAUACCCACCACAUUGUCCUAGGCAAAGCCUUCCCGAGGAGGGAAUUCCAGAGACUGGUUGUCUCUGCCUUGCCACAGACAAUGAGCAGGACCUCGGAGGCCAGUAUCAACAUCACGUGGGCGAAGGCAGUUAGCACUCUGGUUAGCAGACUGCUGAGUAUCAUCCAAGUGCCCAGCUGUCCAAGGGAGCUCCUGGAGAUGAGCUGCCAGAACGCUUUGGCGGGGAGAGAAGUAGCGAAACAGUGACAAAGUUCCAUCUAUGGCAGUGGCCAGUGCUGGCUGCUUUGGGGGAAGAAAACAUGUGACGCUUACAUAAAAUGACCUCAAGGAGGUUGGUGGAUGCUUGAACCCAAGUUAGACUACAGCCCUCCACCCUAGUUUUGCUAUUUAGUUUUGCCCUCUGUCUGAAACAGUUGCACAGCCUGUUAACGUGAGCAGAAGUGUCUCUUGGCACUGAGCUCCAGAACUGAAAUGCAUUAUGGAAGGAAGUAGAGAUAAAUGCUUCUUUAAAAAGAAAAGGAAAAUGCCUUCAUGAUCUGAUGGAAUGGCCAAAGAUGUGAAGGGGAAAUUCCAGGUGGGAAGGCUUAAGGGUGACAAAUGAGACUUGGUCGCUUCCAGUGGCACCUGGGCAAUUUCUGGCCGUAUGACCCUUGCUUAGGAAAAUGGAAAUUGGUGCUGUGGAAGAAAAGAGGAUUGGGACAGAGACAGCAAUGAAGGGAGGAUAAAAUAAUUUGGAAGAGGAAAGGAAGGCUGAUUAAUCGUGAGAGAAUUUGAGCAAUAAAAUCUCAACGUAUUGCGGAGAAGCAAGAGCUGUUUUUGUUUCCUUCUUGGGGGGGAAAGCCAGUGCUGUCACAGACCGGCAAAGGCAUAUUUAUCUGAAUGUGCAGAAUCCAGCUGAGGCCUAAGAACUGGGAAAUUCCCAGCUUGGCUACAGCUGACCUCUCCUUCUCCUAAUAAGAAAGAGGAAAAGGCGGUGGGGUGUGGGGAGGAAUGGGAAAGGAAUGCUUGCAGGCCAGAUUUAACUCUUCCAAAGCUGCUGGGAAGGGUCCUCUUUCUGUUUUAAUUCUUACACAUAACGGGAGCAUCCGUGGAGAAAUAGGACACCUCUGUGGUGCAGACUCCAUACAUAAAUAGAUGCCCAAGUGUAGCGCUUUCUGCAGGUCACCAUGGGUGGCAGAAGGAAACGGUUAUCUUUGGAGGCAUGCCCAAAGUGUGGAAUUGUAAUGUAUUUAUUUAUUUUAUAUAAUGGCAGAGUCCCAGCACCAAAAAGCCUAGUGGGAAAGCGUGAAGCAUAUGGGUCUCAGAAGGAAGUAACGAGAUGAUAGUUAAAACCUCAUCUCUCUUCAUUUAAAAAAUGUGAAGUGCAGUCAUAGCUAUAAAGUCUCCAUCCAGAAGAUGUUAAUAAUUCCUAUACAUAGCAAUUAACUCAAAUCCCCUAUAGUAAGAUAUCCUGGCUAGGUAUUGGCAGUGGGGGGGGGGGCAAGAGUGAGAGGACAGAGUUGGGGGAAGCAACUGAUUUUCCAGCACUUGUGGCUUGGAAGGAUAAUGUGCGGCAGACCACACUGCAGGAGAGAAAGCACUGGAUGCUCUUGUAAAAAGAGUUAAGUAAAUUCUACAACACUGUAUUAUAUCUAAAAAUAGCAAAAUAGGCAGUUCCCUGGGCUAGCCAGACAUACAUGCUUUGGGAUGCGUUUUUGCAGUGUAGUGUGGAUUUAUGUUGAGCAGAAACAGAAUUUGAAUGAGAGAGGAGAAAGCAGAUAGUGUUUUCUUUCCCUUCUCAUAAUGCUAGAACAAAGGCCACCCAACAAAUCUGAAUGUCGGUAGAAUCAUAGAAUUGUAGAGUUGGGUGGAAUCCUGAGGAUCAUCUAGUCCAACCCCCAGCAAUGCAGGAAUAUGCAGCUGCCCCGUAUGGGGAUCAAAUUUCCAACCUUGGCAUUAUCAGCACCAUGCUGAGCUAUCUAGGUUGUCAGGAACCCUAUGGCACUUAGUGUUCCCAGGUGGUCUCCCAUCCAAGUACUAACCAGGCCUGACCCUGCUUAGCUUCCAAGAUCAGAUGAGAUCAGGCAAGUAGAUUCAUGACAGAGAAAACUGCUUCGUCCCUUAGUGCAUAUGUUAAAUCAUGGGAUUUUCUCCUGCAAGAUGCAGUGGUGGCUGUCAAUCUGGAUGGUUUAAAAAGGGUUCGGACAAAUUCAUGGGAUAUGAGAUUGGCUCCUAAGCAUGGUUGCUCUGUUCUGCCUCCAGUAUUGGAAUUGGUAAGCCUCUGAAUACAGUUUGCUGGGGAGCAACCAUGGGGAGAAAGGGGUUGCACUCGGAUCCUAGUUCUGGGCUUCCUAUAGGCAUCUGGUUGGUCAAUGUGUGUGGUGGGAGGAUGUUGGACUAGAUGAGCCUUGGGUCUCAUCCAGCAGGGCUCUUCAUAUUUUCUUAGGUUUAUGUUUAUGUCCACAAGGCUAGAGGGUGCAUGAAAGUGCAGGCUUCCCCCAUGUUUAAUCCUGACUCUGUCUCAUUUGUUGCACAGAAAAAGAUGAUCUCCCCCAUUGCAGCGGCCUUUCUUCUCCUUGUGGCCUUCGCUAUCCAUGGAACAGAGCAGAAGAACAGAGGUUGCAGCCGCUUAAUCCAUGAUGUUCACCUGAAUCGCCUGCUGGACCUGGUGAGUUUCUUUGCAAUUAGUACAGCAAAGGUGGCAGGAAAGAAUGGAUCAGAAGAUGAAUCACCUGGAUCUUACGCUGGGCAGAGGCACCUCUCCAGACAAGCCACAAACCAUAGCCAAGGUUUGUUCUUGGCCUACCACUUGUGGUUUGUCUGGGGGGAGACAAACUACGAGCCUGGGUUCAGGCCCAAAACAUGGUGAUGGCAUAAAGUUACCAGUUCCUUUGGUCAACAGAAGGCAGUGCCCCUGCUGUUUGUUAGUUCAGUUUGAGUCGGGAUGCUGGAUGAUCUUGUUCAGUUUGCCUUUUUAAGCAAAUGCAUGAAAACUACUAAAAAUCAACAGGAAAUAUAUUAAUCCAUCCGUGCCUAGAACUGUUUGUUUCUCUGUUCACAAGCUGUUCUUGCCCUGAGGGCAGAAGUUGAGAAGGGGGAAGGUAGAAAAUGAAAGUAGAGAAGACAUAGUGGAAGGAAGUUGAAUGAUUGCUUUUAAUUGAGAUAAAUAGGGGAUAAAUGGAGCCAAUAUUGUGAGGAGGGAGUGUUAACACUGAGCAUGCUACUAAGGAGGAGGUUCACCUGGAUGCAGCCUGGACUGUGCUUGAUUCUGCAGGCUAAAGAGCUUUUAGUGCAGCUGUGUGUGUGCGUGUGCACUCUCUCACACCCAUUUCAGCGCUUCCCCGAUGAAGACUUUUAGUAGCUAAAAAGGGAGGUGCGGCAUGGGGACCACUCCACAGAUGCUUAGGAGGGUAAUAAAGCAUAACUCCAGCAGGAAGUGCUAAUGCAAUUAUAGAAUGCUAGAGUUGGAAUGCACCAUUCUAGUCAUGGGGAGAGCAGGUUGGGGUGAUUCAGAACCACAACAUUCUGGGAACAAGUGCCUGGAAUUUUCCUGACUCUUGAUCCUGCCUGGAUCACUUGGGAACUGCUGGGAGGUCUCUGCCAGUGGUUAACUGUCAAAGGUCCUAGCUUUGAUCUUGCCUACAAGGAAUUCUGUGGGCUUCAAUCAAGAUUCUUUUCCACUGUCAGUCACAAGUGAUUGUGGCAGCAAAGCAUGAUAGUUAGUUAGGAGAACUAGAAGCAACCAGGAAAAGAAAGUUUCACAGGACCAACUCAAGGGCUUAAUCAUUGGGAGAAUGUGGCUCUCUGUGGCAUCCUGGUUAGGGAUUGAUAACUUGAGAAAAGUCUGUGAAGGUUCUGGCAAUUAUGGGAAUGGGACCUGCUGGCAGUUUACUUCCUGCAGAAGUUUAGGAAGACCUCAGAUCCUCCAUCCCCUUAUCAAAAUAACCUCAUAAGCCUUGCUGCCCACCAAGGUGCUGUGUGGUAUCUGAUAAUUGGUGUAACUAUAUUGAGAGAAGGCUGGAGUGGCUUGGGAUCAAAGCUUACAGUUCUUGUACCUGCAGCAUUAUGCAGAACCCUUGGUUGGACCCUCUUCCAUUUUCUAGGUUUGCAUAACAGCUUGCUCAUUCUGUAGCCCAGACAUGCAUUAGGCACUAAGAUAAUAGUCUUGGUUCCAAAGAUGCUGAUCAAGAGCAUCUCCCUCUUUCCACAAGACUGCAUAGGGUGACACAAAAGCCUGAGGUGGUCCUCCAAAAAGUGCCUCACUCUGAAGUCUUUCACCUGCCACAAUUUCUUGAUUUGUGCUCAAAAAUAGGUUUGCCACCUUGACAUCCAUGUAGCUAAAGAAGUGCAACCCUUGAACUGCUUCAUGUUUAGUAAGACAUUAGUCAGCUACCUUAAAAACCUUUUCUUGUGUUUAUGGAGAAAUUCAUAAAUUAAAUGGCGAGAUAAAAUUAAAUGCUUACAUGCUGUCCCCAUCCUUUUGCCUUUGGGAGAUGCCCACUGGUGGAGGAAGAGGAGUGCCGGGGGAGCGCACCGCCCCUGGCAGUGUGAUCCCCCGGGCUGGGUGCCACGCCCCUGCGGGCGGCGUGACCUGUCCCCAGGACGCGUGCCCCACCCCUGCGGGUGGCGCACCAUGCCCUCGGGAUGCGCACCAGCCCCACCACCGCCUGCUCUCCGCCCCCCGGUGCCGUAGCAUGAAGCUCCGUCACUGGAGAUGCCUUCUGCAAAGCUUGUUGCUAUGAGUUGCUAGUACAUGCAGGUCCCACUACUACACAAACACUUGUUACAGAAAAUUCACUUAUUCAAACAUGAGGAAUCAGUAUCCAAACCUUGCUAUACAUGACGCAGAUUCAGAUGCCCCAACAUCUGGACCUGUGUGAAGUACUGUAAACAAAUAAGCAGCAGCAGCAGUAGUAGUAGUAAUAAUAAUAAUAAUUAAUAAUCCCAUCUGACUUCAUUGCCCCAGCCACUCUGGGCAGCUUCUAACAGAUUAAAACAUUAAACACAGUAAAACAUCAAACAUCAUAACUUCUUGUGCAAGGCUGCCUUCAGAUGUCUUCUGAAAUUCAGAUAGUUGUUUGUUUUCCUGACAUCUGACAGGAGGGCGUUCCACAGGGCAAGCAUGACUACCGAGAAGGCCCUCUGCCUGGUUCCCUGUAACCUCACGUCUUGUGAUGGGGGAACAGCCAGAAGGUCCUCAGAGGUGAACCUCAGUAUCUGGGCUGGGUGAUGGGGGUGGAGACACUCCUUCUGGUAUACAAGGCUGAAGCCAUUUAAACAAGCCUUUAACUUUUUGUGUUUUGCCUGUCAGUGACAGCUGUUUUGCCAGAAACCAUGAUGGGAGGGAGGGAGAGAUCAGACAAUUAAGAGAGCAUUUGGUUUCCUUCCUUGUCUGCCUUUUGCAAGGUUUCCCUGGGUUUUUUCAUUUGGGUGUCGAAAUUCUGUGGUUGGGAACACCUUAGAAAUUCCUCCACAGGAGUUGGUGGAAAUCUUCUGCUUGUUAUGUAAAUGCUCGCUUCUCAAACAAAUUCCUGAGAAUGCAUUAUGCUUGAAUAGCAAGACCUGUACAUAUUGUCACUUUCCAGGAUUCAUCUCUCUCCCCUGGAAAGCUAAUUUCUGGCUGUUUAGAUGGGCACAUUCUGUCUCUAGUACACAAGUUGAGGAAUGCUAAAGCACCGUGCAGCGCACAGCUUGCCACUUAGCUGCUGAGGUAUAUCAAAGAGUAACUCUGCAUUUCAAGUACAUUCUUUAGGCUAUAGCAAACCACUCUCUUGACAUUUCCAAGCAGUGGAGGUGGUCGGCGCCAUUGCAGAGUAAUUAAGGGGUUUUUACUGCCAUCUACAAUGUGUAAUAGUCAGGGUGUGAGGUUGAAACUGAGUUUUGGUGUGAGAUUAGGGGUCUUAGAAUCAUACCACUCAUUUCCCCUCUGAAGAUGCCGGAGGAGAAAGCUCUAAAGCCUUAACAUUACCUAAAUUACUAUGUAGAAUCAAGGACACAACUGGUACUAAUUAUCGCUUGUUUGAGAGUGAUAACACAGUGUCUGACUUGUACAAAUAAACCUCUCUUCACAAAGUCUCUUCUGGGCUAAAAGUAAUUUGAUAUAGUUGGUCAAAGCUAACAUUUCAUCACUGCUCCACGAUUGAGAUUCUUACUUAGCUGUAAUUUGGGCUUGCAACCACCAACCAUUAAAUGAUUUCCUCUUUUAAAAAAGAAGCUGAAAAAAGUAACUCGGGUUUUUGCAAAGCUGUUUUUACUUUUGGUGUACUUUGCUUAUCUUAAAGGAGCAAUAAACCUUAAUUAGGAGACUAAUGAAUGAAGACCUAGAUAAUGAAAAUAGUUUGUUCAGAUUUAAGAAAAUGCUCCGGAGAGAGCUCUCCUUUUAAAAUGUGUGGUCUGGCUUGCAAAGUGCUGGAAUUUUUUUUUUUUUUAAAGGUUCUGCUGCUGCCCCUUUAAGUUUCUGUGCAAGAAGCCAGGAUGCAAAUCAAAAUGUUGUACUGCCUGCCAAGGAUUAGGUUGUUUAGCUAGCUGUUGCUGUGCUGACCCCAGAGCUGUUCUUCUUGGUUCUAUAGAAUCCAAAAUCCUGUGAUCUCUUGGUCAAAUGGAAACGGGAUCACGUUUGUAAAACCAAAACUGAAAGUGAGAUGCUCCUACUGCUGCAUAUGCUUCCCUCGUCUUUUAGGGCAGUGAACCUAAACUUUGCCCCUUCCCCCGCCCUCGUUGUGCUUGCUUCUGCCUGGGCUUCUCUGUGAUGAAUAAAUGUUGCUGGCGGCUGCUCUCUCCAAAUAAUGAAGCAAUUGUUUGCAGUUCGACAUGCCCUCCUGGCAGUCCCAUCUCGUGUUGGCCUGCCGCAGAAGCUCCAAAUCAUUCCCUGGCGUUUUUCCCUGCCGGCACUAGGCUGAGAUCGCUGGAGAAGGUGUUCUAAAGUGCUGAGUCAGCACUUGACUUGGAAGGCACAGGGUGGUAGAUGCUUGACUUCUGCCUCUGGGCAAAGAGAGCCAGCUGUUUGCUUUGGUAAGGAUUUGCAAAGCUCAGAGCUGGUUCAAUGGCCACAACAUGGUUCUUGCUGGUUCGUAGCAUGGAGCUUGGUGCCCCUGGUGCACUGACACCGGUCAGGGCAGAAUAUGCUUGUGCGCAUGCUUCCACUACUGCUCUAAUGUGCAGUGUGUGUUUUCUAACAAAUUGCAGUUCAGAAAAUAGCAGGGUGCACAUUGCAGGUGUCCUCUGUGAUCUAAACUAUAUGUGCUCUUCUGAGUGGAUGUGAUGGGGGAGCCCCCACUGCCUCAGCUGCUUAGUCAGCUGAGAUGCAGCAAAUUUACCCAGAAACCUUUGGGGAGGGUUUGUUUGUUUUUAAAGAAGCUUGGAUGUAUUUGCAGAAUCUUAGCUGGCCAAGUAGCCAAGGCGGUAGAUUCCCAGCAAAGUGACGCAGCUGGCUGACAGAGUUGGCACUUGGAUUAUCAGUCCUGCAAAACCAUAAAAAGAAGAGAGUUCUUAGAUACUCAAGCACUCAUUUCUAAAUCUUGUCAUACUAUCACUACUUGGCUGCCCCUAACCCUAAUCUCUGUGACUGCAUUUGAUAUUUUCAUUUACAUACAUUCAUUUGAAAUAAGAUGGGUUUAUGAAGCAAUUCUAUAUCCUCCCACCAGGCUGAUGAAGAAUUCUACGAAACAGUAGUCAAUAUCCGGAAUCACUGUUCAGUGUUGGACAUCAUAUUUGCUGAAUACACAAAGCUUCACAGCUUGUCUUUCAUCGUACGAAGUCUGAUACCUCAUUUCAUUUAAAGAUUUUAAGAGACUUUGAGACUAAAGAUUUCAUUUUGUACUUGUUAUGGUUUGAAGGAAUUCUGUAAAGAUUGUCUAUUGCGUAUGUACAUGAUCAUCGUGUUGCCUAGACAUUGCUGACGUUCUCUUUGCAACACAGGGGUUUGUUUUGUCAAUAAAAUAUUCCUAGCAGUGUAGGCUGGUGGGGAUAUUCUUUCCUGUAUUCUGGAUUCCUUGAUGAAGGAAACUAAACUAAAAGCCCACUACAGUUGCUUUGACUUGACUGUGCCUUUUUGUUACAGGUUGAUAGUCAGAUGAUGAAGCCCUCUUGUGAGCUGUCCUUUGAGUAUGUGGAUGAGAGAGAGCUGGUAAGUUGGAAUUGUGAGACACACAUCUGCUGUGCUGCUGACACCCCUGUAGGACUUGGUGUGUGUUACCAAGGAAUGCCUCGUGUUUAGACAAAGGGGGGGGGCAUUUUUCAUCCCUGUUGGGCAAUGUUCUGAGGAAAAAGUGGGAAUGGCCAGACAUACAUUACUCUCUAUCUUCCAUCAAGGUGGUUGCAUUUUAAGGGCACAUUCCAGCCAAGUAACACCCCUGGAGGAGGAGAACAGAGCAGGACAUUGAGGGAUUGUGAGCUGGGCUGGUUCCCCACCCCCAGUUGAGAACAGUGGCUUUGAACAUCAUACCUUCAGGGAAUACCUUGCGCUAUUGUGCUGUUUGUGUUUUUAAUACUAUACUAUGAUUUGAGCAUUAUGAGCCUGUGCAAGCCUUAGGCUUAGGUUCAUGUGCUUUCCCCCCCACCUACACACACACCUCCCUCCUUCUUGCACAGUCACCAAGUACCUUGGAAGUUUUCAUCUCUGGUUGCAAACCAACCACUUUUAUGUUGAAACCCAGGGGAAUUAUGGUGUGGUGAAGAUCCUGACUUAUGAUCGUGAUCUUAAGAAUCAAAUGAUGGCUUAUGAUCCUAGCUGGUUGUCUGUUCGUUGCUUAAACUAAGCAGACUUCCCCUGAGUUUGGAUAUAAAUGAGGAACUUUGGUUUGGAAUCAGGUGCUUCCAAUCUCUUCCUUGUGGCCGUUCUAGGGGAGAAGGAACUGUGCAAACACAAGCACAUGCACAUCACACAUAAAACUCUAAACCAGGAGUCGGCAAACUUUUUCAGCAGAGGGCUGGUCCACUGUCCCUCAGACCUUGUGGGGGGCCAGACUAUAUUUUUUGGGAGGGGAAAUGAACUAAUUCCUAUGCCCCACAAAUAACCCAGAGAUGCAUUUUACAUAAAAGGGCACAUUCUACUCAUGUUAAAACACGCUGAUUCCCGGACCAUCCAUGGGCCGGAUUUACAAGGCAACUGGGCCAGAUCUGGCCCCCGGGCCUUAGUUUGCCUACCCAUGCUCUAAACCAUACUUCAACUGUUGAACUGAGCCACUAGCUUAGCUGAGGAACCUCUGUGUAUCUGCCAAAUAAUUCCAUUUUGUUAUAGAUUAUUCUGGGGCAGGCAUAGGCAAACUCAGCCCUCCAGAUGUUUUGGGACUACAAUUCCCAUCAUCCUUGACCACUGGUCCUGUUAGCUAGGGAUCAUGGGAGUUGUAGUACCAAAACAUCUGGAGGCCUGAGUUUGCCUGUGCCUGUUCUGGGGCAUAUCCUGGAACAGACACACUUUUCCUGUGGGAUUCUGGCUGGGCUUGUUGAGAUUUAAACACAUGCCUGUGCUGUAUUGGCACAGCUUGUUUGAGAGGAAGUUUGGUAAUGGCAGAAGAUGUGCUGCCUUUCCAGCAACUUGUCUCUCACUCCUGAUCUUCUUACUGAAGCACCUUUGAUGAAGCUUCUGAGAAACCCUCAGUUCACUUAUUUAGAGAAUGUGGGAGCUAAAAUCCUGCAUAGAUGACCUUGUGGUUAAGUCAGCAGUCAUGGAUUUGGGAGACUUGGUCUUCCUGCCGAUCCCAGCCCCUUAUAAGAUGUUGUACAAGUCUCUCAGUUUGUAUCAUGGGGUAUUUCAUCCUGAAGGACACUUGGAGAAAUUUUUCUGCUGGCUUCAGGCUUUGGGGGAAUUGUUUUAAAGCAGCCCUUGCUUGGGAGUUCAUCAAAGCUGCUAUUGCGCAUUCUCUUGGCCUGUUCUUCUGGACCCAAUCCAAUUACUCAGAGGGAGAAGCCAGAUCAAGAGAAGCUGCUCCUCUUUUUCACUCUAACCACCAUUCACUUGUUUGGAGAGGGAAGGUGGAAUCUGCAGCACCAACAAGGAGAAGUAGCAACUGGGGGCUGAUGAUGGUAGAUGCCGUGCAUUGCUGAUCUUUGACACCAGCCAUGAGUCUUUCUAUGAUGGACACCUGUCCCUGUUGCCUUCUAGGACGACCCCAAAUGCUUUCUCAGAGCAGCAUACUCUCCUCUAAGAAACAUCCUUGAAAGUAUUGAAUUCAAGCAAAAUACUCCGAACUCUGACACAAUGAAGGAGGUAAAGGACUGGCACAUAGAAGUUGGAGACUGCAUGGAAAUUAAUAGCAGCGAUGAAGAAGAGAGCAAGGUAACCUCUUACUUAUCAGAUUUGCAGUUCUCACGGAUGCUAACAGAUCUGUGGUGAGACUUAGGAGACUAAAUGGCAGCUGAAACGUGCACUCUAUGAAAGUGGGAAAGAAGCUGGGGACUGAUAAUACUUGUGUGACGUAUGCACUUGCACUACUGGCUAGGGUGGGGAACCCUCUGGCCCUUCUGAUGUUGCUGGACUACAGCUCCCAUCAUUCCUGGCAGUUGCCUAUGCUGGCUGGAGCUGAUGGUAGUUGGGAGUUCCACAACAACUGGAGGGCCACAGCUUCCUCAUCCCUGAGCUAGAGUGCUCUUUUUGAAAACAGCAGUCUGUUAGGGCUGCUCUACACUUGAUGCUACUCACUUCUUUAGCUCUGGGGUGCAGGACUCCAUGAGUCAGAUCAUGACCAUGAUGUAGGGGACGGAGUUUUAAUCCAUGAUGCCUCUAUCCAAAUUACUGAGCCAGUAUGGUGCAGUGGGUGAAGUGUUGAAGUAGGACCUGGGAGACCAGAGUUCAAGUCUCCAUUUGGGCAUAAAGUUCACUGGGUGACUUUGGGCCAGUCACUGCCUCAUAGCCUAACCUACCUUACAGCGCUAUUGUGGGGAUUAAAGGAGGGGAGAGAACCAUGUACACAAUCUUGAGAUCCUUGGAGAAAAGGGGGGACAUAUAACAGCAGUUACAAAAAUUAGGCAGCACCUAUGCUGGUUAUCUGCAGCUGGAGGAAAACUGUUGACAGUUCUAGCAGCAUCACAAGUGAUGCAAGUUCUUCUCUGCACUACUGGAACCUCUUAAAACUCUUAUACUGCUGAGUGCUCUCCAAAUGAGGUUCAGAAUCCAUCGCUGAGAAUUCAGAGGUGCUGGAAGCCUGCUUCGUGUAGUCAGAUAGCCUUUGCUGGGUCACAGUGACUGCCUCUUGCUGCACAUGCUACCUCAGAUAUUUUUUAUGGUGGCUGUUUGGUUCUGGUGGAUUCAGAUAGUGGCUCAUUGAUUCCCACCCCCCUACUUUCUCUUUUUGUCUCUUAUAGCACUGCACCAGGCCAUUCUCCCGGACUGCAAGGCAGAUGCUGAAGCUGGUGCAUGAGUACUUCAGCAAAGCUAAGGAAAUCUUGUCCAAAGGAAAUUUCAGCCAUGAUUGCAGCAGUGUCUUUGAGAAAUGUUCCGACUCAAAAGGGAAGAGUACAACAUCUCCAGGUAACAGAAAAUUCUGGGGUUUUUUGCAUCUCCUGGCAGCUGCUGGGGCAGCAUUUGAGGAGCAGGAAGCUUCCAAGUUAACUUGGCUUUUCCCAAACUAGCGCUGUCCAGAUGUUUGGGGCUACAGCUGCCAUUAGUUAGCCCUAGCCAUCUGGGGGAGUGUCAGUGCACUGGUGAAGGCUGAGGUAAAUGGAACAUUCCGGGUUGGGAGGGUAUUCCAGAGCUGCUAUUUGUGCGCAUUUGUUUGUGUGCUUCUGUGUAUUUACACUUGUUUGUGCGGUUACUAACUGCUAAAGCCUUAAGUCAACAGAAGUUUCAUGUUUUUGAAAUGAGCAUUAUCUCUUUGAUCUGUGGCAAGGGCAAAACCGACUAUGUUAAGAGUCUAGCAAUCAAUUCAAGGCCCUCUGCAUGCUCAUCAGGACACAGUAGGACUUUUAGCUUUCACCUCCCCCUCUCCCAGUAAAAUAUGUAUUUCCCCCACAUGGCUUAAGGGAAGAUUCAAAAUGUGUUGACAAAGGCUGUUCAAAGAUCCCUUCUGAAGGGUUUCUUCUAACCUUGGAAGUUCUUUGCUCAUGCAAAGUACCCUCUUGAUGUACCCUGACCUUUACAAAUAACAGUCUUGUCUGCUUGUGGUCAGACCAUGAGGAAAUCCCAGAAGUGGCUUGGCAUACCAUGUCUAUAUGUGACCUGCAGAAAUGGGAUCUUCUGCCAGGGCAGAGGUUUGGAGAUGUCAUGCUUGUGGUGGCCCUCAAAACAGAUUGGCCAGGCAGGGAGGCACUGGGCUACACAGACAAAGUUGAGAAGACACUGCAUUGCUGUUGAUGUUCUUAUACACAUACAUGCAACUCUCAGAAACAGCCUUAAGAAAAAGCCAUCCUAUUGUCUGUCUUUUAGAAGAUGCUCACGUGGUCAGGCUUAUUGCUUUGGCCUCAAGUGAACCACUUCCUAGCUUGGUUUGCCUGCUCAUCUGGUCCAAUAGGCACAAUGAUGCUGCCCAUUCUCUGAGUGGUGCUUGGUUUUGCCGGUGUGGAGAAUGCAGUCGCUGUCUUCCUCUUGAGUCCAUAUUCUAUGUUCUGUCCCUAUGUGCACAUCACCUGCAAUGCUGGGAAGAACAGCGAAGUAGGAGCACCAUGCUUCCUCCCUUGAUUCUUGCUUGAUGAGCUGCUUCUUGCUUGACCAGCUUGCUCCCUCUGCUGUUCUGCUCAUGGAGGCAUGUGCAAAAGCUGUGGUUGCCCUUGCUUUGGCUUGCUAAACUAGCUGAAUCUUGAUCCGAUGCCGUUCCUCCAGAGUUGGUUCUCUGGCCUCUUUGAUAUCCUGUGUGCUCUCAGGAAUCUUGGGCUGCAUGUGAUGCUCUUGGGAGUUGCUGUUCCUAGCUGACCUUGCAGUGUCUUGUUCCAUUCAUUGGUCCCCUGGAAGCCUUGUGGCUGCCUUGCUGCCUUUGCUUCAUUUACUUGUUUUGUUGCUUUUUUGGCACUGGUCUGCCCCGCCUUAGCAUGGUGGUUUUUGAGGGAAGGGGCUGACCUCGGCUUGACGCAUCCAUUCUGUUCUUCUUGCUGGUUACUCUAUGGCCAUUCUCUUCUCUUUAUCUGGAUCUUUCAGGUGUGGUGACUGACCAGGACUGCCCGUGUCCAGCCACAAGCCCCAUGAGUGGCAGAGGCUCAGCUUCUCUCCUUCCAACCUUUGAGCCCUCCUCUUCCAUUGCAGACCAGCUGGACAGCAAAGAGGCAGCUGCCAGCACUCUCCAGCUCUUUAUGCAGCCUGGCACCAUGCAGACUCAAGGCGGGUCACAGGGUAGCACUAGGCCCAGGAUGCCUAGGAGCACCCAAAGGGGCCAAGGAGCUCCAGCGCCCACGGAUUUCGUAGCUAGCACUGAGGCUGUCAUGUCCUCACUGCCAGAAGAACUACCGUUGGCAGCUGUAUCCCAAGGACUUGACCCUCUGUCCACAAACAUUGCAUCCUUCCUGGACUCAGCCGUAACCCUUGAUUCCUGGUCCCCCAGGCUCAAAAACAUUUCUCCCCCUCCUUCUAGCCAAAAACGCAUUGAACCUAUGGGGACAGGGUCUCCUCUCCCUGGUUCUGGGGCUGGCAGCAGCCAGACAUGGCCCCAUGAAUUCCCUUCCCAUUCUUCCCCUUUCUCUGGCUCAACCAAACCCUACCUCAGAAAGCAGUGGCUUCAAUCAACUGAAAUGGAUGUAUCUGGUUGGGCUAUGACUGACAAAAGCAGCACAUCUGGCCUAACUUUGGCGUCUCUUGCCAGUUUGGACUCUGCAGAGAGCGCAGGGGUGCCCUCCAGUGGCAGUGGGGCAACCCUCUCGCCCAGUGACCCCACACUCUUCCCUGUCUCAGAGGAUCCUGUCUCUGCUGCACAACAGCUUUCUAGAUUGGUGGUGACCACAAACAGUCCAUCAUCUCACAGGCAGGUACCCCCAGAAAGCUACUCCUGGGGGGCGGAGGGUAGAGCCCCAGGAGUACCGCACAGCACCCAGCUCCGAGAGAGACGAGCGGAACAAGAAGAGGGCCCAGCCAAGGGCAGGGAGCCGGAGGAUAGCAUGCCAGGUCCCAGCCCUGAUCUGAGCUUCAUUCCUCCGAACACAGACAAGCACAGCGAGAAGCCAGAAGCCAGAAAUACCCAAGGGAUGGCUGUGACUUAUGUGGUGGUACCCAGUGUCCUGGGAAUCCUGUUGGCUGUGGGUGGCCUGCUCUUCUACUUCCAUAAAUCCAGGGUAAGGUCCAGACCUGACAAACUGUUCUCCUUUAUUCUCUUUGGGUUGCAAAUGUGGGGCAUAGCGAUACCUUGUGAAUACAUCAAUGGAGAAGGCAGAAGUGGCUGAACUCAAAGUACACUCCCUCCUCUCAGGGUAGAACGUUAUUGGAUGUGAGCAAACAUCCACCUGCAUUUCUUUUAUUGGGAUGAGGAAAAGGAUUAGCCAGCUAGGUCUUAAGGGGUAUGCGUCUCCCUGUGCAUACUUCCCACUGUCGCUGUGUGCUGCAACUGAAUGUAAUCUCAGACAAUCCAAGCAGUCAAGCAAUUCUACAGCCACAAGUUAGAUAUGUUUUUUAUAGGGAAAACUUCUGUGGCUCUGCACCACAAAGUCUGGAAGAGUUCUUGGCAGUAAGAGCUUAGUGCUGGGGGUGAACGCUGCUGUCCUUGAUGGGUGAUGUUGAGCGGAUGAGUUCUCCUUCCUGUGACAUAGUUCUCUCAUCUGUCUUAAGUAACAAUGGUCACAUUUUCCAGCCUAAAUGGACUGAAAGUCUUCUGGGAGUUGAAAGUGAUUCCUUUCCCAGUAGGAACCAAAUGGAUAUGUAGCAGUGGACCAUCAAGGCCCAUUGUACUUCAUCUUGCCAGUGGUGACUGACCACCUCUUCCGGUUCUGGACAGGGCUUAACCAUUCCCACUUACACGCUUGAUUCAUGCCCACUGCUUAAGAAGUCCUAUAGAAAACUGAGAGCAUCUCUUGAUUUGUGGAGCUGCCUUGCAGUCAGUGUAUAUGUUCAGAAGGUCGACUCUUAUCGCUACUGUUAGGAGAGGGGGUGUAGUUGUUUCUUGCAUGCUAAAAUAUUAGUUAUGCUUUCAGGCAGGCAGUCCUAAUAGCAGAUUUAUUUUAAUGCUGCUUUAUUGUUCACCAUCUACAGUGAGAUCCCUGUCUCAUGUAACAACAGGGGGAACAUGAGAGAUAUUUUUUUAGGUGUAGGAAGAGUGUGGUUGAGAUGGUGUUCAUGGAACUCUUAUGGGGAAAAGUAGAUUUAAAAGGCAAAGUGUUAAAAAUGGUAUGGGAAGACAGAGCAGGAACCUGGUGGCAUAUCUUCACUUGUGCCUGUGACACCAGUUCUAUGGAUGCUAAUGGCAUUGGCAUAAAUAAUAAAAAUAAUUUUAUUAUUUGUACUCUGCCCAUCUGACUAGGUUGCCCCAAGGAAAUUCCAGUUAUGCUUGGGUUUGGGGCUUGGGAUGGGCCUUUACCAGCAACUGGUAAAGUUGGUUAGUGGGUGAACUGAUGGCCUCCUAGCCCUCGAAACUACAAUGAGAGUUUGCUGGGGCAACAUGCCUGCUUGUCCUCCUAGGAUAGGCAUAGGCAUAAUCCAGCCCUCCAGGUAUUUAGGACUACAAUUCCCAUCACCCCUAGCUAACACGACCAGUGGUUAGGGAUGAUGGGAAUUGUAGUACCAAACACCUGGAGAGUUGGAGUUUGCCUAUGCCUGUCCCAGGACAACCAUAGCAUCUCAAACUGCCCAGCCAGUUUGACAAUACUAGCCAUGCAACCUCACUCUUGCUUCAUAUCAACAUUCCUUAUAGUAGUAAAUAUUUCCUUUCUUCCACGCAGAUGCUAGCCAGGAGGCGACUGCAGAGAAAUGAGAGAAACCUGGAAAGACAAGAAGGAAGGUAAGAAGGCAGAAGGUUUGCAUAACUCAGAUGUAUAACUAGGGUGAAAUAGGCCCCUUGCUCUCAGAUAGCUAAUUCCUUGAGAUUCCAUCAGCCUUGGGAGGUUGCAGUGAGUUGUAGAGCCCAUGUCUGAAAACUUAGCCUGUUCCCCACAAAAUGCAGUUAUUGGGUACACCGACUAUUGUUGAGAGGAAAAGAUACCAGAUGGAUUUCUACCAUACAGAGGGAGAUGUAGUCUCGUGAUGUAUCAGUUCUUGCUUUUAGUCUUCAGUGUUGGGCUUCUAAUCCUUUUUUUUUCUCCUUUCCCCCCAGGCCACUGAAUAGAAGGGAGGGAGAUCUGGAAUCGCAGAUACAGGAGGAGGAACUAUGA